AUGACUUGCUUAAAUCUUCGCACUGGAGUAGAGCAGAAAGUUGUAUUUAUUACAGCUCGUGUUCACCCGGGAGAAACGCCAUCAUCAUUCGUGUGCCAAGGUAUAAUUGAUUUUCUUGUCAGCCCACAUCCAAUUGCCAAACUACUUCGAGAUCAUCUGGUCUUCAAGAUAGCACCUAUGCUUAAUCCAGAUGGAGUUUAUCUUGGCAAUUACAGGUGCUCUCUAAUGGGCUUUGAUUUAAAUCGACAUUGGGUGGAUCCUUCUCCUUGGGCUCAUCCUACACUACAUGGUGUCAAGCAGCUCAUUAUUGAGAUGUACAACAAUCCGAAAAUUAGUCUGGAUUUCUAUAUUGACAUCCACGCUCACUCCACCAUGAUGAAUGGAUUUAUGUAUGGGAACAUUUUUGAAGAAGAGGAAAGAUUUCAGAGACAAGCUGUUUUCCCCAAGUUGCUCUGCCAGAAUGCUGGAGACUUCUCCUUUUCUAGUACUUCUUUCAAUCGAGAUGCUGUGAAGGCAGGGACAGGACGUCGUUUCCUUGGUGGUUUACUGGAUGACACUUCUUACUGCUACACACUGGAAGUCUCAUUCUAUAGUUAUAUUGUUGGGGGUACAACUUCUACAGUCCCAUAUACAGAAGAAGCAUAUAUGAAAUUAGGAAGGAAUGUGGCCAGAACUUUCUUGGACUACUAUAGACUAAACACCAUUUCAGAGAGACCUUUGGCUCCAAUCUCCAGCACAUGGAAGGAAAAAGCAUCCUCCUAUAGAUAUGGCUACAAUCGGGGCCCAGGGAACAAUCAAGCUUCCAGCAAGCCAGAAAAGAAUAUCCAGGCAAGUCCUAAGGAGAACAUUCACUCGCCAUAAAGCAGUUGAAACCACAUAACAUUCAGAAGCCUGAAUCAACACUAUUAGGUGAUCUAGAAUGUUUCCUGCAGCAUUACAGAUUUUUAGUUUUAAAAGCAAGUUUUCUGUGAUAUUGCA